GAUCGGUUAUUAUAGAGUGCGGAGGCUGCGCGUGCGCACUCCUCGAGCAGAGCAUACAGCGCGCAGACAGCAUACGCAGCCGCGAUUCCUCGUAUGACAGAGACGCGCAACUUGUGAUCCGAGUGUUACAUUUCAUUGUGUAUUUAUUUUACACAAACAAUUAUAUUUUGUGCUGUUUUGUGUACUUGUGUUGAAGAUGAACGGUGCAAGUUCUUCAUACAACAUGUCCUUCGUUGACUCGUACAAGAGGUUUAUGGAGAGGAACAGUGAUCCUCGAACGGAGAAUUGGUGGCUGAUGUCAGGUCCGGGGCCUCUGCUAACCCUGUUGGCUACGUACCUGUAUUUCUGCACGUCAGUGGGCCCGCGCUAUAUGAGGGACAGGAAACCCUUCUCCUUGAAACAACCCAUCAUCGUCUACAACAUCACACAAAUCCUCAUGAGCAUUUUCUUAGUAUACGAGGGUCUAGUCUCCGGCUGGUGGAAUGAUUACAACUUUAGCUGUCAGCCCGUGGAUUACUCCUACGACCCUAAGGCAUUCAGAAUGGCGGGAGCUGUUUGGUGGUAUUUCUUCGCGAAGAUCAUCGAACUUCUUGAUACAGUAUUUUUCGUUCUUAGGAAAAAGAACAGACAAAUAUCAUUCCUGCAUCUUUACCAUCACACCAUGAUGCCGAUCUGCGCUUGGAUUGGAGUUAAAUUCUUGCCAGGAGGUCACGGAACUCUGCUGGGUGUAAUCAACUCCUUCAUCCAUGUCAUUAUGUAUACUUACUACCUGAUCUCAGGUCUUGGGCCUCAGUACCAGAAGUACAUCUGGUGGAAGAAGCACCUCACCAGUCUCCAAUUGGUACAGUUUGUGAUCGUGUUCUACCACAACUUCGUGGUGAUGUUCUGCGAUUGCAACUAUCCGAAGUCGAUCAACUUCCUACUGGCACUAAACGCUGGUCUAUUCCUGUAUAUGUUCGGUAAUUUCUACUACAGAAGUUACGUCAACAUUGACUACAAGAAGACUGACGCAAUCACCACACGGGCAAAGAGUAACGGAGUCAUCGCUAACGGCAAUGGAGUCGUCGCUAACGGCAAUGGAGUCGUCGCUAACGGCAAAGGAGUCGUCACUAACGGCAAUGGUGUUGUCGCUAACGGCAAUGGCGUUGUCGCUAACGGCAAUGGCGUCGUCGCUAACGGCAAGACGAAAGAAUGCUAGCGAAUAAUAAUGCUCAUUAAUUUAAGUAAUUUUAUGUGAUGUUAUGUAGAUAAUAUUUAGAUUAAAUUAAUCUAAAAUAAAUUUUUAAGACAACAAAAAGUGCUGUAUUUUAUAAUGAAAUGUAAUAUGUAAGCGGUACAAUGCAAACGUUUGAAAUAUGUGACAAAAAUAAAAUAUGUUUUUAACAGAUAUUUUCCACCGAAUUUGCUUUUAGUUAUAAAGAUUUUUGUUUACCAUCCACA